AUGAAGUUGGUCGAAAGUUUACCUUGCGUUUUUCAGCGUCUGCAACAAUAUUACUGUCUCCCUCUGAAGAGCAAGCAUUCUCCUCACGCCCUUGUCACGAAAAUGCAAAGUCAGACAGUGUCACAGCCUGCAAGUGAUGGUACACCCCAGCACAAUUUAUUAGUGAUCGAGCAGGAAACAUGGCACCAGCGCUCACUUGCCUUGCGUCUUGCAUGCAACCAGCCGAUCACGUUUCGUCUGAUGCUCCAAGACACACGGCUCCAUGUUUCAGGACUCAAAAGGGACAUAGAAUACCCCCCCGUCCACACACAUGUGUUAAUCGACAAUACAGGGCAGAGACGGAAAGCAGUCGCCGCAAAGGAUUCGGUCGGCACAGAGCAACGAAGGAUCCGGCUUUUGAUGGAGAAAAAUAAACAGGGUUGGUUGACACCCACGUGGGAAAAGGUUGGGCAAGAAGACAAAAUGGUCUUUGGUUCGUGGUUUGUGCCAUUUCCAAAAUUUGGAAUAUUGUACUUGGACUCCGUUGGUUUGGCUGGAGGGCGAAUGUGGUCAGAGGGCGUGACGCAGCGUAAAAUGCUCGGGUGA